AUGAAUGACGAUAUCAUUGAUAUUGAUGCCCUUUUUGACCAAGAGUUGAAGAUGAACUUGCGUGAGGCUGACGUGAAGGCCCGCGUGAUAAACUAUUUCAUGUUGUGCGAUGACAUCAUCCUACAGCAUGAACUGAAUAGUACAUUUUCGACUUCCAACGGAAUCAAGAAAAAAUGUAAGUUCCUGAAGCAGUACCUGGAACCUGCAGCUCUGCGUGAUGCGAUUGACACUCAUCAUUGA